AUGUGCCCACCACCCGCUGCCGGGCCGCCCUUUGCAUCAGAGCACCAGCUGAACUGGGACCUGGACAACAACGGGCCUCUCACCCAAUGUUUGCCCGGCUACCCUUGUAUCCUGCUCCAGGAUCGACGCAAGCUGUGGGAGUUCCUCGACCAGGAAUUCUGUUCGAAGGACCUAAACCAGAUGGCGAGCAGGCUGUGGUGGAUGUCAAAACAAGACAGCGCCAACAUCUCCCUGCUCCACCGGCAACUGGUUAAACAGCGCGCUGUCAUUGUCACCGAGGAUCCCAAGCUGCAUCUAGUCUGGAUCCACAACCAAAUCUUCAUCAAGCCACUGCCCCGGUACAUCGUCUCGUAUGCAUUCUGGCGGGACUACAUGGGUGAUGAUGGCAAAGAUGCCCACGAUAUCCACAGGGCAGCCUUGGGCUAUCUCCGUACAUGGCUGUACCUGGUGAGGUACGAGUCCGACUUUCGCAUCGCCUAA